UAAUAAAUUACAAUUGUUUUAAUAACGUAGAAUCAUGAAUUCUAAGCCACAUGAAUCUGUCAAACCUAAAAACACACAAAUUGCUACAAGUUCAAAACAUCAAGAAGUAAGAACAGAACAAAAGCCACAGGAAGAGGAGCAUUACUUACCAGGAAGACUUUGUGUUGCACCCUUACCAAAAACUAUAUCACUAAAUGAGUUAGCACAGUUUCUUCGUCAGUUUGGAACAAUUAAACAACAACAUUAUGGACGAAACUUCUUUUGGGUUGAAUACACUCAUAGCAAACCUGUUGAUAUUUUAAUGAGCAGGACAAAUUGGUUGCCAAAUGAAAAAUUAUGUUUGAAAAGACUGAAGAAAAAUGGAGAAACUUACAACCAUGACAAAAUACCACAACAAAAAAAUACUAACCAUACCCCAAAAAGAACUGAGAAUAAAUCUGAAGAGGAAGAAGAUCCAAAUACUAACCAUACCCCAAAAAGAACUGAGAAUAAAUCUGAAGAGGAAGAAGAUCCAAUAAGUUAUGACCGUAUAAAAAAUGUUAUUGAAAAUGAAGUGACAUUUGACAACCAGUUAGCAGCACUUUUAAAUGCGGUACAACUUACUGAAUUUGAAUUGACGACAAGAUAUAAUGUCAUUUGCACUCAUCUGGAUGAAAUAUUUAGAUCGGUUUUCCCAGAAUGUAGAACCUAUAGGUUUGGUUCAACAUUAGCGCAAUUGAGUUUUAAAGAAAGCGAUUUAGAUAUCUACAUGUACGUCGGUAGAAUCGGUUUACCACCAAUCUGUCACAAACCGGAUAUUCCAUCACAUGUGUGGACGCCAGUGAUUUUUAAGAAAGUGAGAAGAGUUAUGUACAGUAUGAAAUCUGUAUUCUCCAACAUAAUAUCAAUUCCUAAGGCGAAAACACCUAUUAUAAAGUUCCGUUAUAUACCAACUAAUGUUUCCUGCGAUAUUUCAUUCAAAAAUGGCCUAGGCAUCUAUAAGAGUAACUUCUUGCGUUAUUGUGCAUCACGUGAUCCUCGUUUAAGGCCACUAAUGCUGAUCAUCAAGUACUGGGCGAGGCAUUUCGGGAUCUCGGGUAAUGGAAGGAUUUCCAGUUACGGAUUAAUAUUACUCAUUAUCUUUUAUCUCCAACAAGAAUCAGUCGGUCUUCUUCCACCUUUGCUACAUCUUCAGAGAACUUGUGCCCCACAGAUCAUGAAUGGGUGGCAGAUAAAUUUUAACGAAUAUACCGUGUUACCACCUAUUACCAAUAACAAUAAUAUUGCAACACUGCUCCAUAAUUUCUUUUCCUUUUACGGUGAAUUCAAUUUUAACUCGUGUGUAUUGUGUUUAUUGGACGGAAAAGUAUAUUCAACACCUGAUUUCUCACAGUUAGAUAAGUUACCUGAUUACAUGGCUAGAUACAAAAGUUAUGUUAUGGAUAAUAGUGCUAGGAAAUUGGAGGUUCACAAGCCAGUAUGUCUGCAGGAUCCGAUCGAGCUUAAUCAGAAUACAGCCGCAAAUACGUCGGAUCGUGCAAUAAUAACCUUUCAACAUUGUUGCAAGUUUAGUGCCGAUAUUUGUGCAACGUCUAGCGCAAAUAACUAUGAUUAUUUAUUGACCAUGUUAUUUGGUACAAUACCUCCUCAAUUGAUGCAGAUGAAGAAGAAAAAGAAGAAGUUCAAAAAUAUAAUCAGGGCUGGUCGUUUUGUCGAUGCUGGAUUACCAGAGGAUUUCGAAACACGUACAGAUAUUCCUAAUAAGAAGCAGUAUGCAAAGGAUAAUUGGUAUUUCGUCACUUUUAAUCUUAUAAGAGAUAUCUUUGAAUUGAUUUUUAAGUUGCAAGUCGAGGUUCUCCUCGAUCAAGAAGCGAAACAGCAGAAAAUUGAAGUACUGUCUGACGUACAUACUAGAAGUCAUCAAAAAAUUACGUUUCGCUGCAUAGGGAAUAAAUGUGUGUGGUACAAUAGAAAGAAAAAUAAUAGAACUCUUUUGGAUCUUCAGUUAAGUCUUCUUGAGAAAGAAGCGAUCAUGUCGGAUAAAGUAGUAGAGCAAUUAAAUGAGCAUGAUAAGGCAAACAAUAUAAAGUUAGAUUUUUUAUGUACGUUAGAAAAAUCGGACGAUCCUGUAGCCGUGAUUAUAAUGCUGAACGAUGAAAAUAGUCAAAAUCAUAUCUUUCGACAAUUUGAGUGUUUCGUAAACAGUUGGAUACCAAAAAUAAUAAACAAAACAUUGCUACAUAUGCUGCAGUUCAAAAAGACGUACGAUCAAUUGACAUAUAUUGCCAAUAGUCACCAACAGUCUGGAUGAUCAUAAAAAUGUAUAUUGUAUGCUUUCUGGCAUGGACCAAAUUAGCAGUUUAUAUCACACAUUAAAAUUAAUGUAUCCUGUAAUAUAAUUCUGAGCAUACUUGUUUGUUUGACUAGAGUGUUUUUGUUAAUUUAGAAGAUAAAUUUAGAGUGUCUUCAGAAAUUUAUAUGUCAGCAUAGGUGAAGAAUAAUAGCUGGUAAAAAAAGUUCAUAUAUCAUAAUCAAAUAUAAAUAUGUAUAAAAUACACAUGUUUUCUUUGAGUUGUCUAGAAGAAUAGAAAAAUUGAACAAUAAUUAGAAAAAUAACAGCAUUGUUUUUUUACAAAAAGUAAAUUUAAAAUUAUAUUACAA